AUGGAAGCCAGAAGCAAACCCCAGCUCCUCCUGCUCCUGGCUCUUUCCAGUGUGCUCUUCUCACAGAAUUCUGCAUGGCCUCUCUUCGGACCAUCUUCUGCUCUGAGUGUGCUUUUCUCUAACAGGUUGGAUGACAGAAUGCCACUGGAAGGAGCAAAUGAGCCAGACCAAGUUUCAUUAAAAGCAGACACUGACAUCUUGCAGAAUGCUUUAGCUGAAAAUGACACACCCUAUUAUGAUGUAUCCAGAAAUGCCAGGCAUGCUGACGGAGUGUUCACCAGUGACUACAGUAGGCUCUUGGGUCAACUUUCUGCCAAAAAAUACCUUGAAUCCCUUAUUGGGAAGCGGGUUAGCAGUACAAUCUCAGAAGACCCUGUUCCCAUCAAACGCCACUCUGACGCAGUCUUCACCGACAACUACACCCGCCUUAGAAAACAAAUGGCUGUAAAGAAAUACUUGAACUCAAUUCUGAAUGGCAAGAGGAGCAGUGAGGGAGGGUCCCCUGACUUUCCUGAAGAGCUAGCAAAGUAAUGAAGAA